CAACGGGAAGGCAACAUUCAAACAUCAGACUGGGCAGCAGUGCGACAGGAGCUCGAGCUGAUCUGACCGCAGAAGAAUAUACUGAAUUUGAAGCCUAAGUUACCUCAAGAUGUGGAAAAGAAAAGCAAAAGUGACCGACCAGACUGCUGAUGGUCAGGGUCCUGCACCAGAGAAAAAAUAUAAAAAGAAAGUGGGCAUCAAAAAGAAGUCCAAAGUGCCAGGGGUUAUGAUCACACAGUAUGUGGAGGAACUUCCUGAAGGCAAGAGCCACCCUGACUUCACACGUAAACCAAUUGCCUUAACCAUUCAAGAAGGUAAAUUAGCCAUUUUCAAAGCUAUUGUCACCGGAGAUCCAGAACCAACAGUAACGUGGGCUCGUAAUAAUGGAGAGGUUACUGAUAAGGAGAAAUAUCAAUCCAAAUUUGAUCCAAAUUCUCAUGAGCACACCCUUGAGAUGCCAAAUGUUUCAUCAGAUCAAGCUGACACAUAUAAAUGCUAUGCCAAAAAUGAAUUUGGGAAAGCUAUUGUUACAGUUAUGCUCAAUGUUAUAGAAGUUGGCUUCAAGAAAAAAAAGGCUCAACAACAGGUUGAACCUGAAGUUGUAAGUGGUAUGAAACCGGUGCUAAGAAAAAGUAAAGUGAAGCCUAAAGACCAGCAGGAGAGGAAAGAUGGAGAACUUGACCCAAAGUUCUGGGAAAUCUUGCUAAGUGCCGACAAGAAAGACUAUGAGCGCAUCUGUCAAGAGUAUGGAGUUACAAAUUUCCGCUGGAUGUUGAAAAAACUGAAUGAAAUGAAAAAGGAAAGAGAAGAAGAGCAGGCACAGUUUGUUAAAACCAUAGAACACCUGAAACCAAUUAAAGUAAAUGCCUCUGGAUGUGCAUCAUUUGAGCUUGAAAUGGAACUACUGGAAGCUAGUAGCAGGAUAUUUAUCUACAAGGAUGGUGAGAUGGUUCCAUUCAGUUUGGAAGUAGAGGAUGAAGUCAAGCAUGAAUUGAAGCAAGUUGGGAAAAAAUAUACGUUCACCAUACGAGACCUUCUGCCUGAUGAUGCUGGUCUUUAUCAGAUGGAUGUUGAAGGAGUCACAGUUUUUUCCACAGACUUCAAAAUUCCCUCGGUGGACUUUUUGGUCAAAAUACAGGAGGUUAAAGCAAUGGAGAGAGAGGAUGCUGUCUUUGAGUGUGUCUUAUCAAAUCCGUUCUCAAAGAUCAACUGGUUUGGAAAGAAUGCUGCUCUGGAAGCAGGAGAAAAGUUUGACAUCGAAGUGUCUGAGGACAAGCUUGUCCACAGAUUAGUGGUCAAAGACUGCAUGAUGGUGGACAAAGGAAUAUACGCAGCUGUUGCUGGAAUCAAGUCCUGUAAUGCAUUUCUGGUGGUAGAGGCCGACAAAGACCCAGCUCUGCAUGGUAAAAAAAAGACACGGAAGACCACUAAGGCAGGUGGCUCAGGUCUUGACCUGGAAAAGAUUGCUAAGGAGCAGCAAGAAAAACUCCAGAAAGACAGGGCAGAGAGAAUAGAGGCAGUGAAAGCUGCAAAGGAGGCCACAGUAGCUGACGGUUCGGGAUCAGGAUCAGCAGCACCAGAGCCAAAGUCGGAUGCUGACUCAGGCUCCGGUUCUGGAGGCGGUGGUGACUUGACAAAAAAAGCGGCUGAUGACGGUGCAGCAGGACACUCAAAGACCGUCAAAGACGGCUCAGCAGUCGGUUUAGGGUCUGAAUCACAACUUGGGGCUCCAGCUAUGGGACACUCAAAGACCGUCAAAGACGGCUCAGCAGUCGGUUUAGGGUCUGAAUCACAACUUGGGGCUCCAGCUAUGGGACCAUCAAAGACCGUCAAAGACGGCUCAGCAGUCGGUUUAGGGUCUGAAUCACAACUUGGGGCUCCAGCUAUGGGGGGUAAGGGAGAUGGAUCAGACGCUGAUGGGGCUCAGCUGGGCUCAGGCACUGAUGGAUCUGGGUCCCAAAUCAAAGGUACUCCUUCUGAUGAAAAAGUAAGCCUCACUCAGGGGUUGUCAGAUGCAUAUGCAAUCCGUGGCAAACCAGUGGAAAUGGCUUUGACUCUUAGCAGUGACAAAGCUGAAGGAACCUGGUAUAAAGAUGGGGAGAAGCUGUCCAGUGAAGCUGGAAAGGAACUUAAAAAGGAUGGUGCCAUUCAUAAACUGAUGAUCCAAAGUGCUAAGGAUGAUCAUUCAGGACAAUACGCAUUUGAAACUGCAGGCAUUAAAACAGAAGCAUCUUUGACAGUUGGAGAUGUGCCUGAAUUUGACCCCGAUGACCUACAUAAGUUCUCAAAGCCAGUGAUUGUGAAGGUGGGCCAGAAUGGCUCAUUCAAGAUGCCAUUCGAACCUCAAGAGAACCUUGAAAUCAAAUGGUUCAAAGAUGGUGUUGAACUGAAUGAUGGAGGGGGAGUCAAGAUCCAGAGAGAGCUCAAUCACAGCCGUCUUCUAAUGAAAGACUGUAUUCGCAGUGACGCUGGAGAAAUCAAGAUUAAACUCAAAAACCCAUUUGGUGAAAUUGAGGCCACUUCAAGACUCAUUGUGCUAGACAAGCCAGGGCCACCAGAAGGUCCAGUGGAGGUUGUUGAAAGCACAUCCACUGUUAUUGAGCUGCAGUGGAAACCCCCAAAAGACGACGGUGGCUCAGCAGUGACAAACUACAUCAUAGAGCGACAGCAAGUGGGUCAGCCCAUGUGGAAAAAACUCGGAGAUGUUACAGCAGACCGAUUGACGUUCAGAGACCGUAACGUCAUACAUGGAAAGAACUACAUUUACCGCAUUUAUGCCGAGAAUCCCGAGGGAAUCGGGGAACCGCUGGUGACAGAGAGCACCAUGGCAGGAACCCUGGUGUUCCCGGGUCCACCAUGCGCACCAAAGGUGGAAAGUGCUUUCAAAAACUGCAUCAAUUUGAAGUGGGAACCUCCACUCCAGGACAACGGCACACAAAUCCUUGGAUACCAAUUGGAAAAACGCAAGAAAGACACACAACAGUGGAUUGCUCUGAACCCAGUGAAUGAGCCUAUUGAAGGCCUGAAAUAUGCUGUCAAAGAUGUAUCGGAGGGAUCAGAAUAUGAAUUCAGAGUUGCAGCCAUCAAUGUGUCAGGGGCUGGAGAUCCAAGUCCUCCCUCUCAAGUGGUGGCCGCAAGAAACCCCAAGAUGAGACCACAAUUUCAUAGCCCAGAAGAUUUCAUGGUUAUUAGAGCAGGAAAUUCCCUGAGAAUCAAGAUGACUUAUGAGGCUGAGCCUCAGCCUGAUAUCACCUGGUUAAAAGACGAAGAACCCAUAUCUCCAUGGAUUAACAUCUUGAAUGUUGAGGGGUCAUCAACACUGGUGAUUCCUUCAUCACAACGCUCAGAUUCUGGAAUCUACACCAUUAUUGCAAAGAACUCCAGUGGCUCUGCCAACUUUGAUAUUGAGGUCAGAGUUACAGAUGAACCUAAACAACCAGGUCCAGUGGCAUUAGAACAACUUGUCCAUGGGAAAGUAAUUAUCACCUGGGAACCCUCUCCUGACCAGGAGGUGGAUGACCGACUGCACUACAUGGUGGCUGAACACGAGUCCAACACCCGUAUUUGGCGCACCAUUGCUGAUCGCCUCUUCUGCAACACUUUCACUGCAAACGUUCAUUCUGGGAGAGAGUACCAUUUCCGCAUCUAUGCCAAGAAUGACAUGGGUCCGUCAGAUCCAUCUAAUUCACCCACAUGGGGUGUCAACAGUAAUAAAGUUGCAGCAACAACAAAUGCCCCAGUGUCAGUGUCCUUAGAGAGGCCUCCAUCCAUCAUGGUUCCUCUUAAAGUCCAUACUCCACCAAAAGGCUACCAGUGCUUCAUGACAUGUGCUGUCCGUGGCUUUCCCACACCAUAUGUCUUCUGGUACCUGAAUGACAUCUGCAUCAAUGACAACAAAAACUACUACAUCACCAAUGCCCAUGGCAUCUGUUCCAUGUACAUCCUCAGAGUGAGCGCCACUGACGGUGGAGUGUAUAAGGUGGUGGCAAUCAACAAUUUCGGUACUGCGGAGUGUUCCACUAAAGUCAGCGUCAAAGAUUGAACCACACCACCAGUGCUGCCAAAGUCAAGAAUGUGCCCAGGCCUUAAUUGCUGAAAUCCUCACAAAGGGAAAUGACAAUAAAUAAAUUGUGUGUUUGCAAUGUUCUGUGGAAUGCUCUGUGUUAGUCUUGAAUUUAAUAAAAAUAUUUCUGUUCUCUAA